ACUCCACACGCACUUCCCAUCCCAUUCUCAAUCGCGUGUUCUUUCAACUUUUGUCUUUUUUUUGUUUUUUUUUCUUUUUCUUUUCUGUAAUUUUAUCUCUAGAGAGAGAGAGAAAAAUGUUGGGAAUCUUCAGCAGCUCGAUUGUGUCGCCACCGGAAGAGCUGGUGGCUGCCGGGAGCCGAACGCCGUCGCCGAAGACGACGGCGGGAAGGCUGCUGAAGCGGUUCGUGGAGAGCAAGGCGUCGGCGGUGUCGCUGCAGGUGGGGGAACACGUGCAGUUGGCUUACACGCACCACAACGAGUCACCGUGGCAACCCAGAUCAUUUGCUGUUAAGGAUGAGAUAUUCUGCUUGUUUGAGGGAGCCCUAGACAAUUUGGGCAGCCUGAUUCAACAGUAUGGACUGGCCAAGUCAGCCAAUGAAGUAAUUUUGGUGAUUGAGGCUUACAAAGCUUUGCGUGAUCGAGCACCCUACCCUGCCAAUCGUGUUGUUUGCCACCUCAGUGGGAGCUUUGCUUUCAUAGUUUUUGACAAGUCCACUUCUACCCUCUUUGUGGCUUCUGAUCAAGCUGGUAAGGUUCCUCUGUAUUGGGGAAUCACAGCUGAUGGGUACGUAGCAUUUGCUGAUGAUGCUGAUUUGCUUAAAGGUGCUUGUGGCAAGUCACUUGCUUCUUUCCCUCAAGGAUGUUUCUACUCCACAGCAGUUGGAGGACUGAGAUGCUACGAGAAUCCAAAGAAUAAGAUUACCGCAGUACCUGCUGAGGCAGAGGAAAUCUGGGGUGCAUUCUUCAAGGUGGAAGGGUCAGCAGUUCUUGCAGGCACAGAAUAGAAGAUCCAUUUUCAAAUAGAGUACCGUGUGGUGCAUUAAUGAAGUAAUGUCUUUAUGUGCCUGUGAAGUUAAGGAAAGCUGAGGGGCCAUGUAAAUAACUUAAAUGUUAACUAUGAGAAGAGUGCGACUGGUAAUAGAGUUAAUAUUAUAUUAUGGUGAAGUUUGUUCAUUAGAUAGGAUUUACUCUGUUUUCGUGUACAGUUGCGCUUUCUGAUGUAAUAAAAAUAUGCUUCUGGCUUGAGAUUCUCUAAUACUCCUUCAAUGCAAAGUGUGUCCGAA